UAUCUUCAGCCAUAACGUACUUUCAGCCAAUCACUGGGUUUGUACUUAAACCAGUAAGUAGGGAAAAUGGCUAAACGAUUAAAGUUAAAGAUGGGUGGAUUCGAAAGUGGUGGGAAGAGGAGAAAGAAACACGCAGAGAUAUCACAGUAUUUGAGCGAUUCAGAGAGCUCCGGAAAUGACGGAUUAGCUGCAAGUCAUGACUCGGUUGAGAACAUUGAUAUUAGUGAUGACGAGAUGACCGAAAAUGAUAAAGUACAUGCAAGUUGUGACUCAUCUGAAAACAGUGGUACAAGUGACGAAGAGAGCUCCGGAAAUGAUGAAUUACCUACAAGUCAUGACUCGGCUGAGAACAGUGAUAUAAGGGAUGACGAGAGGAUCGGAUAUGAUAAAGUACAUUCAAGUUAUGACUCAUUUGAAUACAGUGAUGAAGGUGAUGAAGAGAGUUCCGGAAAUGACGGAUUAGCUGCAAGUCAUUUUUCGGUUGAGAACAUUGAUAUAAGUGAUGACGAGAGGACCGGAAAUGAUAAAGAACAUGGAAGUUAUGACUCAUCUGAAAACAAUGGUACAAGUGAUGAAGAGAGCUCUGGAAAUGAUGAAUUACAAACAACCAAUGACUCAUUUGAAAACAGUGAUGAAAGUGAUGAGGAGGAGCCUGAAACUUCUAACGAAGUAGAUAAACUUGGUCAAACAAAUCCCUCUCGCAUAACACUUAAAAAGGAAAUGGCAUUGUACAAAGUAAAUAAUGAUCGAGUCGAUGGGUUAAAUAGUGUAGAUGAAGGAACUGUCAAGGACAUUGAAGAAUGCAUUAUCAGAGAAUUAGAAAAGGGCCAAAAUUUGGAAAAGAAAGACAUCAAACGAAACGACUGUUCUCCAUUUAAGAUAGCAUGGUUCUAUUAUAAAACAGAAAAGACAAUAAACAUUCAAGCCUCGCAAAUUGCGACCGACCGAGAGGCAAGCAAUGCACAAAGAUUACCAGGAGAUCGAAAAACUGGAAACAUUCUCAUAUACUACAGAUUUUUCAAUGGCACGCCUGAGGUUUACUUACUUUGCGAUGGUGCAGCAUUUAAUGCUAUCUUACAUUUGGUGGAUAAUGACUUCAGAACAAAAUUUGCAAAAUGUUUCUUGGAUGAUCAGUGUAUCAAAGAAAUUGAAACAAUUAAUAUUGCCGGACCACACACACAGGUGAAAAACACAUUCAAAAUGGGUACAAAGAACGCAUUGAACACGGCUUUGUAUUUUGAAAAAGUCAUCAUCUCUCUAAUAGGCAUUCUGAAAGAGGACUGUGGUCUCCAUAAAAUUGUAAACGACCCUGUUGACUCUGGAAAAAAGAUAAAUUUGAAAAUAGGACUCAAUACAGUUCGAAUUUGUGUAAAAAUGAGCUGUGAGAUGUGGUCCAAAGUUAUUGAACACAUAUCAAACAAAGUGUCAAAACCCGCCCCCGAAACAAUCAUCAGCAAUGUACUCGAUUUUGUCCGGCAGGUGAGUGACAAAUGUCAGCGCCAGGAAUUGUCAUCAAAUAUGUCAAAAAAAGCAGUUGAUUUAAUUCUUGAAAAGGAACAAUAUGAUGACUUUUACCUUAGCCAUCGAUAUACAAGAGACUUUUUGCUUUCAUCAGAUGUUCGUCUUUUAAUGAAAAAGUCUGGUCCAGGAGACGAUAAAGUCGUCCAACUAUGGCAAAGUGUUCCGAGUUUGCAAGAAGUAAUCAAUGUGCUCCGAGAGGGAUUCGACAGCCGAGAUUUGGAAAAUGGUUUAAAUGAUCGAAAAAUCAUUUUGACCUACUGGAAUCAAAAUGGAAAACUGGUAAGCGAAGCAGUGCAAAACUACAUACACGGGUCAAUUCAGGUCGAAGACGAACUUUUUUACAAAAUAGGAUCGAAGUGGUACCAGCUGUCUACACACUUUUCCCAAACAGUCGAUAAUACGUUUACAAAUUUCACAAAGAGAUGCACAUUUCUAAAAGCGGAAGAAGCUCGUAUGGUAGAUGUAUUAAAGUAUCCAUGGAAACACUCCGACAAGCAAUUUGAUAUUAAAGAUGUUAUCUCGGUUCUCGGAAUUAAGGAAAAAAAGGCAAAACUUCUUGUGAAAAUACUUUUAGACAGUCGUAUAAGCAUUGCCUCUGAAAACGGUGAAAUGAGUUUUACACAUAGCAGUUUUUUGUUUCCAGAAAGUUCAGAUGUUGCACGAGCAAUCAAAACUGGUUCUGUUGACCAGAAGUCAAAUUCGUCUUCAUCGACGACUAAAGAAAAAAAGAAUUCUCCUUCUUAUGUUAUUUGGAGCUGUAAACAGGGGAGAAUAUCACUGAACAAGCUACCCAAUACAACAAUAGAAAAGGAAAGACGAAUUGUAUGUAAUGUAAAAAAAGGGAAGAAAAUGUAUCAGGUUGUUAAUCCCGUUUUGACUAAAGCUCUACACCACAAGAUACAAAGGAAAAUUCCUGGAGUAAUGGAAUAUGAAAUAACAAAUUUCUUACGAAGCAUGAUGCCACUGAAUGAGAAUGAAUAUAAUCAGUUGUAUCUUCACAAUACACAUCGCACAGAAGAGUUUAUUGUUUUCCCUGGAGAUCGACUUCAGGCCAACAAUGUUGAACUUUUUGAUAUUCUUCUGCAUGACAAAAAAAGGAGACAAACUUUCCUUAUACACAACAAGAACGGUCUUGGGAAUACAACAAGAGAUGCCUGCGCUCAGAUCAGGGAUUCUGCCGAACUUCUAUGGCAUGAUUUCACAAGAGGACUUCAAACACACAUUAAGAAAUUGUGGGAUGAUGGAACCAAUUCGGCUACUGCCUUGUCUCCAUACAGGGAACAGUUAAAAGAAAAACUCCUUCGCAUCGGGAAAAAUGAGUAUUUACGAAUAUUUGCAAAGAACGUACAGUUUGUGUUCGUGUUUGCAUUUGUGACUUCAACCAAAACAGACCACAACUUGAAAUUUGAUUUUAAGGCAAUGUCGCGGAAAGACUUUGAAAGCAGAGAAUUUGCAGAUGGUGCAGGGGUAUUGCACGAGUUGCAAGAUAAAAAACUUGUUAGCAGUGACGGAUACUUGACUGAUAAAUUCUUGGGUAUAACAAAUCUGGAGAAGUUUCUUAAUGAAUGCAGAAAGUUGAAUAUUUUCAAGGAUAAAACGCAGAAAAGAAAAAAAGCCAUUUACAGGAUUUUGACAAAGAUGGGUAAAUGCAAUGUUUCCACCAUUGCGAAAUUAGAAUUGCUUGCCCUUGACAGUGACUUUGCAAAAUACCAGAUUGGUGGAUGGAGGAAGUUCAAGCUUCGCAUUCUUCAGCUUAAAUCAAGCUGAUAUUAAGUUGACAGAAAAUGACACCAGAACGGGCUUGAUAUUACUAUCCACAGACGUCCCAUCGAUACAGAGUACAUGCAUGUCUGUAUAACGCAUUAGGCAUGUAACACAGUAGCCAAUAUGGCUAUACUUACUUUGUAUAUGAAGGUUAGUUAUGAUGUAAGGUAUCGCUUUCAAAUGUGUUGAUCCUAUCAACAUCACAGCUAAGUUUUUAGUAAUCCGAACAUUUAUUUUUAUACAUUUUUUUAUUCGUAAAUAAUAAAUAUUAUGCGUGUAGUUUCGUUGUUGUAUAAUUGUUGUCUGUUUCAUUAGGCAUUUGAUAAUAUUUCACUAUUGUAGUUUCUUUAAUAUAAUCAAUAACUUUCGAUAACGAUCUUAGUAGAUUUUUGUCUUAAAUUGAAAUAUCUUAGUGUCAUAUUUUUAUUAAUUUCUAUACAUUUGUUUGUAAUGAACUUUAGUCGGUAUUCAAAAAGGGUGUAUAUUUAUAAAAAAAUAAUACAAUGUACUUGCUGUCAUUGUGACAUUACAGAUUUUAGAUCAUUCAAAAUUCUUUAACGCAUAAUUGUUGUUUCUCGAUCCUAAUAACCGAUAUUAAGCACCGAUGUAAAAAUGCAGGCGUCCGUCGUGAGAUGAAAAUAUGAUGAAAGUCCGUAAAUCGAUAUGACAUUAGCCAAUCAGUAACCGCCCUGCUAAGGCACCAAUGUGGCACCCCUAGAAGUAUCAGAUAUGAUUCAGACUAUUGAUGUACUCACAUGUUAUACAC